CUCCGUGCUGCUCCGGGCCGAGCCGAGCCGAGCCGGGCGGGGCAGGGCCGCUGGAUGCGGGGCCCUCGGGCGCUUCUGGGGCUGGGGCUGGGGCUGUUGGUGGCGGCGGGGGGGCGCUGCCCGAACCGGGGCUGGAACUGGAGCCGCCCCCGCUGCGCCAUGCACGGCUCCAGCACGGGGGGGCUGCGCUUCCUCGGGGGUCCCACGGGUGCCCGCUGCGCCCCCAGGCAGGAGGAGGCCCAGGCCAUCGACCAGGAGCUCUUCACCGAGUACAAGUUCAGCGUGGACCAGCUGAUGGAGCUGGCGGGGCUGAGCUGCGCCACUGCCAUCGCCAAGGCGUACCCCCCCGGCUCCUUCACCAAGAGCCUCCCCGCCGUGCUGGUCGUGUGCGGGCCCGGGAACAACGGAGGCGACGGCUUGGUCUGCGCCCGCCACCUGAAAAUGUUUGGCUACGAGCCCACCGUGUAUUACCCCAAGCGCCCCAACAAGCCGCUGUUUGAAGGUCUGACCACCCAGUGCCAGAAGAUGGACAUCCCCUUCCUCUCCGAAUUCCCGGCAGAGGCUGCGCUCAUCGACGAGCUCUACGGGCUGGUGGUGGAUGCGAUUUUUGGGUUCAGCUUCACGGGAGCAGUGCGGGAGCCCUUCGGCAGCAUCCUCAGCACCCUCGAGCACGUCACGGUGCCCGUGGCCAGCAUCGACAUCCCCUCGGGCUGGGACGUGGAGAAGGGGAAGGCGGACGGGCUGCAGCCCGACAUGCUCAUCUCGCUGACGGCGCCCAAGGCGGCGGCGCAGCAUUUCGCCGGCCGCUACCACUUCCUGGGCGGCCGCUUCGUGCCCGCGGCGCUGCAGAAGAAAUACGCGCUGAACCUGCCCCCGUACCCGGGGACGGACUGCGUCCUGCAGCUCACCUAGGGCUGGGGGAGCUCGAGCGGCCGCGCUGGGCACGGGCACGGCCAAGCAGGGCCCAAUUCUGCCAAAGGUGCGGCUCUGUGCCAAGAGGAGGCUCAGCACCGUGCGGGGUUUCAGCGCUACCCAGCUCCAGCAGCAGGAUCCAGGUUUGCUGCAGGCUGCCAGGGCUGGGGUUGGGGUUAGAACCUAAUUUGAGUGCUUCUAGGUGUAGACACAAUCCAGGAUCUGUCAUACGAUGCACUUCAGGAGUGUUUCACUGCAAUAAAGUUUUAUUGAUGCCCUUGGGAAACAAA